UUAUCGCAAAAGUAAGAGAAGCAGAAAGGCAAAUGAACAUCUGCAAAUAAGCAUCUGCAGUUAAACCCACAAUCUGUUAAUCUCUAACUGGGAAAAUUAAUUAUACUUUAAAUCUUGAACUUUUGAAGCCGAUGCCAAAAGAAUACUGCCCUCUAAAGUGUAAUACAUUUUGUCUGAAUGCUAUGGUUUGAAACAUUUCCAACUUGGCUUGUAAAUGUGCAAGGGAGGGGCAGCCUAUAACACUUGUAUGAGCCGCCUGAAACUCUUCCCAGAACAUGACAUGGAAUGAGCUGCCGGACUGUUAGAACUGCUUUCCCAAGGAAGGGAAUGGAUUGGCAUUGUUGGAACAUAUGAGGGUUUCAGUGGAGUGUUAAAAGACAACGGGCCAGCCUGUCUGCCUGCUAACAACCAUUACCUCUGGAGGGAAGAGAAGAUGAAGCAGGGCUUUUUAUCUAAGAAGCUGCUAUGGGUUUUUCUGCUGUGUCUGGUGUGUCUGGCACUUCUCUUCUACUCCAUUCUCACGUUCACUGUCCGGUGGGGUGUACCCAGUGUAAGGACAAUUUAUGUGGGGUUUGUACAUGGCAGUUUGUCAAACCCAGAAGCGGAACACAGCAGUACAACACAGGCAGGAAGAGAAAAUAGGGAGUAUGCUUUUAGAUCCACUGACAAAUCUUUAACAAACAGACCGCUUGCAAACAAUGGCAUACAUCCUGAUAAAAGCAAAUCUGCAAGCAAUGUGCAACCUGAGCCCUUAACUACUAGAGCCCAGGCAAAGCCAGCACCGACCAAACCGCCAUUCAUCGGGGACAAGUAUUCACAAGAGGACAUCCGUUCAUCGGACUGCCCUGACAACAUUCCCAAGAAGGUUUUGAAAUCCACGUUGUUCAAAGACAAGUUCCUAGAGACCGUUCCCAUCCUGCAGUGGAAGAAGCAUGCCACAGAGAAGGAGUACAGCCGUCUGAAACAAUACAACGGGGCUCACGGAUGGAGUGUGGUCCCCUUUGAUGUCCUGAAGGAGUCUUUGGACCUUUUGAACACCACAGCUAACCAGGAAAUGCUUGAUGACUGGGGCAGCAGGGCUAACAGGUCGGCCUGUGUCCGCUGUGCCGUGGUUGGGAAUGGGGGGAUACUAAAGGGCUCCCAGAAAGGAAAGGAGAUCGACCGGCAUGACUAUGUCUUCAGAACAAAUGGGGCUGUGAUUGAGGGGUUCGAGAAGGACGUCGGGAGCAGGACCUCGUUUUACACCUUCUCCGCCAACACCCUGCGGAACUCCAUGCUGGCCUAUUUAUCAGUGGGUUUCAGGGGACCCCCCAGGUCUGAGGAGACCCGAUUCAUCUUCCUGCCAGACCAUGAUCGAGACUACCUCCUCCUGAAGGCAGCGGUGACACACACUCCCGUCGAGAAGGGGCCAGAGCAAUCCAAGUUUCCACCAACACAGUUUGGAAAAGAUGUAAGAGCGGAAAAAUUCAAAAUGUAUCAUCCAGACUUUAUCCGUUACAUUAGGAACAGGUUCUUGCGUGCCAGUAUUGUAUCAACAGGAAACAGAGAUUUUUACCGCCCCUCCACAGGGGCUAUCAUGUUACUGGCUGCAGUGCACACAUGUGACCAGGUGAGUGCCUAUGGCUUCAUGACUUCCAACUACGCCAAAUUCUCAGACCAUUACUAUGACAACAUCUACCGUAAAGUAAUCUUCUACAUCAACCACGACCUUAAGAUGGAAAUGAGACUGUGGCAGCAACUCCACGAGGCUGGCAUCAUUCAGUUAUACAUGAGGGAAUGAGUGUGGUCUGUCUGGUGCCUAAACCCUACCAGCCUGGCAUUUAGAGCUGUCUGGUUAUAGUUAUGUAAAGCAGCAUAGGGCACCACCAAUGCAUUUUGGUUCUUGUAAGAUGGCAUCCUGACAGCCUGUCAUGAUCAUGUGUUGCAUUGGUGGCGCCCUCUAUACUCCAUUUGUGGUAACUGCUGGGAUGUAGCUUCCCAGGGUUCCCUGAUGCGUCACAUUUCACCAUUCUGCAGGGAAUAUACUGGAUACUACAGCCUGCACUAUAUGCCACUACUACCUUCUGCACAUUCAACAAAUUACAACUCAUUCCUAUUCAUUGAAAUGAAUUACUCUGGGUGGCAAACUGGGUGACACUGGCUGUGGAUAGACAGUUUAUCCCACUACCCAGAAACUGCUGAUAUCACUGUCCUCUCCUAUCUGGAUUUUUAAUAGUUUGUCUGGCCAUUGGAUGAGGUACAAGAGCCUGCAUGGUGCCUCUAACUUGAUGAUGUGUGUCUUUAAUACAUGUCUCUGAGCUUUCAAAUGAUAACGUGACAACAAGGACUGGUGACAACUGCUUUUAGGGAGAACACCAGGUGAGUGUUGUGAACCAUAUGAGGAGGUUGUGUUACUCUGAUAAGAUAUGGAGACUCCCAAAAUUAACCAUAAAGGGAAGCAAAUAUACGGUAACAAUAAUGACCACUUUCAUCUGGCUAAAUUCCACACCCUCAGGAAUAUGUUAAUACAGUCGUAUAAUAUUGUGGUCAAUAUAUUUUUGUAUUGUAAUGAAACAUCUGUGUGAUUUUAUUUUAUUUUAUUUGCGUAAUGUAUUUUAAAGCAAAUUUAACAUUGCAGAAAAAAGUGGCUCUUGGGUCUCGAUAUAUAUAUAUAUUUAUAUGGUAUAUUCCUAAACAUAUGUUAAAUUGUGGAUGUUCCGGUUUGUAUAUAUGUUAAAUCUCUGCCCUGUGUAAUCAAUGGUUAUACACAAGACAACAUCCUUCGCAAACCAGACCUCAAACCAUUUGUGCCUGUAUAUGUGUGUGUAUAUGUGUGUGUGUGUGUGUGUGUGUGUGUGUGUGUGUGUGUGUGUGUGUGUGUGUGUGUGUGUAUACCUAAUUUCAUUUUGGUGUUUCCAUACCAAACAACUCGUUCUUGUUCUAGUAUUUAGAGAUGAUGACCAAGGCUUUAAAGGCUUCUGAUUUGCACAAACAGACUAAUUCCUGCCCCCUUUCCACUGUUAUAAAAAUGUGUGGGUAGUUUGAUUGCUUUUAUUUACUUUAAAUUGAGAUUAAUAAAUGGUAUGUUGCUUCCUGA